CCUCAUCCCAGUAUGAGAGUGGGUGUCCCUACCCAGAGUCCUCGGCCCUCCCUGAACUCUGCACCAAGUCCUUAUAAUCCACAAGGACAGAGUCAGAUUGCAGACCCAAGGCAAGCACAGUCAUCCCCUCCGUGGUCUUAUGACCAGUCCUAUCCAUCAUACCUGAGCCAGAUGACCUCUCCAUCCAUUCAUUCCACAACACCCCUAUCCUCCAGCCGAGGAACUGGGCUCCCGGCUAUCUCGGAUGUGCCUAGACGCAUCUCAGGUGCCUCAGAGCUGGGUCCAUUUUCAGAUCCCAGGCAGUUUACAAGCAUUUCUUCAUUAACGGAGAGUCGCUUCUCUAACCCACGAAUGCACUACCCUGCCACAUUUACUUACACUCCGCCAGUCACCUCAGGGAUGUCGUUGGGUAUGUCUGCAACCACUCAUUAUCAUACUUACUUACCACCUCCUUAUCCCGGCUCCUCCCAGAACCAAAGUGGACCCUUUCAAACCAGCAGCACUCCUUAUCUCUACUAUGGUACAUCAUCUGGAUCCUAUCAGUUCCCUAUGGUCCCAGGGGGUGACCGCUCUCCGUCUCGGAUGCUUCCUCCAUGCACCACUGCCAAUGGCAGCACAUUGCUAAACCCUAAUCUGGGCAACCAGAAUGACGGUGUUGACGCAGAUGGCAGCCACAGCAGCUCCCCCACUGUGUUAAAUUCUAGUGGUCGUAUGGAUGAGUCAGUUUGGAGGCCUUAUUGA